UGAUUCAUGGAAUUAGGUGACGCUUUCAUGUGAAUAAAUACACAAUAUCUUAUUAGUGGAUCAAAAUGUUCAUCGACAAGCAUCUACAUUGCUAGCUAUAGCCAAAUGGGAUAGUGUCAAUUGGGUAAUAAUUUGUAGUAAAUGUAGACAAAGAAUAUGUUUUCUUUGAUAAGCAACGAUACACUAGACAGCAAAGAGAAAAGAUACAAAAGAUCAUCAAUAAGGAUGGCAUUUGAGAGAAAAUCCAAAUGAACAGACCUAGCAAAGUGACUGAAGAACUACGUAAAAAUGUAGAGGAACACCAAAGUGAAGACAAAGGGAUAUAUAUAAAUGGUAAUAUCUGGUAGCAUUUGUUUGCCUCGCGACACCCCAGACCCACGGACUGGGGUGUCAUAAUGUCGAACAAAUGCUGGAAACAACUUUACAAGCUGUCAUCUUAUAGAGAGAAUAUUGAUUCACAGGAAGGGGAUAAACACAACUCAAUAAAGACUAAUCAAGAAAAGUGUGUUCUUGAUAAGAAAUACUGAAAGAAAUUUGGGUCUAGCUUACAAAUUCCAAAAGACAAGACAGAGAUUUAACUUAAAUCAUUUUAAAAUAUUCCUUUGAUUACUAGUCUUCGAUCAAAAAUUCUUAUAAUAAUCGAUCAAAAUUUUUGUAUACAUUUAUGUAAUAUAAUUAAUACCUAGUAGUUGCACGUAAGUCACUAUAAAUAUGCACCCUUAAAACUUCUAGAGCUACAAUUGAGUACAGUAGAGCCAGUGACCAUGACUAGAGCAAGAGUUCUUCCCAUUACACACGCCAAAUUCCUCAUCUUCCUAAUCUUCUCAAACUUGGUCACAGUCCUAGUCAACGGGGAAGGAAUUGAUGAAGACUUUGUUCGAACCCUAGAUCACAAGCUCAUCGGUCUCAAGAAGGAAAAGCUUAGCCAUUUUCGGCUAUACUGGCAUGACAUUGUUAGUGGCAAAAACCCCACUACAGUACCUGUAGUGAAAUCAGUAUCCAACACAUCAGCGACUGGUUUUGGCACGAUAGUGAUGAUCGAUGAUCCGUUAACAUUAGGGCCUAAAUUGAGCUCAAAAUUGGUAGGAAGGGCACAAGGGUUUUAUGCAUUAGCAUCACAAGAAGAAAUUGAGUUGUUGAUGGCUAUGAAUUUUGUUUUCAUUGAAGGCAAGUACAACGGCGGCACAAUAACAAUCUUGGGGAGAGACACAGUUUUCUCUAAGGUUAGAGAGAUGCCAGUGAUCGGAGGGAGCGGACUUUUCCGAUUUGCUAGAGGUUAUGUUCAGGCUACUACUUAUAUGUUUAAUCAAGCGUCUGGAGAUGCCACUGUUGAGUAUAAUGUUUAUGUGAUUCAUUAUUGACGGACGGUGAUCUCUAGAUUAUUCACUCUUUCUCAAUGGACAAGAUGAAGUGCUAUCUGUCAUUUACUUUUUUGACCUUGACUUCAUAUUUACGAAUGGUCAAAUAAAGUGGGAUCUG